UCUCAAUCAAUCCUAUACCUCUACAGAUCCCUCCAGUCUUCAAUCAGAACGUUUAGCCUUCAAAAGUCUUUUCAACCUUCAAGAUGCGUUCAGUCAGCAUUGUCACGCUCGCAUACCUUGCAGCAUUCUUCAGCGGAUCUCUCGCUGCCCCAACACCAGACAACCCAAAGUUCGAUUGGCCCGGCCUCCUCAACGAAGUCGAGAAGCGGGACAACCCCAAGUUUGAUUGGCCUGGGCUUUUGAAUGAGGUUGAGAAACGUGACAACCCCAAGUUCGACUGGCCCGGGCUCUUGAACGAAGUCGAGAAGCGCGAUAAUCCAAAAUUCGACUGGCCUGACUUGAUGGAGGAAGUCAAGAAGCGCGACAACCCGAAAUUCGAUUGGCCUGGACUCUUGGAGGAGGUCAAGAAGCGUGACAAUCCUAAGUUCGAUUGGCCAGGUCUUGCCAACGAGGCUAUUGCUAAGUAAAUCUUGGUACCGUGGUUCACCACAUUCCUUGAUCCCGGUAAGUCACCAGAUACUUUGAGUGACCGGUUGUUGACACGAGAGUAGCACACGCUCCUUAUCUUCAAAAGUCGGAGGAGUUGCAUGGUUGUUGCUGUGGUUCGGUGCCAGAACUGGAGCGUAAGUGUUUGGGUUUGGAGACUCGAUGGGAUGUUUACGAGAGACGAUUUCUUUAUGUGAUGAGCAUGCGAUCUUGGGCCGUGAGGUGGUUGCGAGGGCGAUAUUGUGUUGAAGCUUGCUCUUAUAUGAUAACAUGAAAUUGAUACUUGUUACGGCUACGUGCACGUGAGCUCGCUGAGUCAUCUCGGUGAGCUCUGGGUCACGUGGAGGAGCACUGAGGAGCGGAC